GUUCGACCAACACCGUCACUCACUAACCACAGGAGAUAUUUUGACGAGCACCAGUCAAGAUGAAGCUCAACAUCUCCUUCCCAGCCAAUGGCUCUCAGAAGCUCAUCGACAUUGAAGAUGAGCGCAAGCUCCGUGUCUUCAUGGACCGCCGCAUGGGUCAGGAAGUCCCAGGUGACAGCGUCGGCGACGAGUUCAAGGGCUACAUCUUCAGAAUCACCGGCGGCAACGACAAGCAGGGUUUCCCAAUGAAGCAGGGUGUCAUGCACCCUACUCGUGUCCGACUCCUCCUCUCCGAUGGCCACAGCUGCUACCGCCCACGCCGCACUGGAGAGCGCAAGAGAAAGUCUGUUCGUGGAUGCAUCGUCGCCAUGGACUUGUCGGUCCUCGCUCUGUCGAUCGUCAAGCAGGGUGAUGCAGACAUUCCAGGUCUCACCGACACCGUACACCCCAAGCGCUUGGGUCCAAAGCGCGCGACCAAGAUCCGCCGUUUCUUCGGUCUCAGCAAGGAAGACGAUGUCCGCAAGUUUGUCAUUCGUCGUGAGGUCCAGCCAAAGGAGGGCAAGGAGGGCGCCAAGGCAUACACCAAAGCUCCACGCAUCCAGCGUCUGGUCACUCCUCAGCGUCUCCAGCACAAGCGCCACAGGGUCGCACUCAAGCGCCGCCGCGCAGAGGCCUCCAAGGAUGCCGCCAACGAGUACGCCCAGGUUCUCCACAAGCGUGUCUCGGAGGAGAAGGCCAAGGUUGCCGACCUCAAGAAGCGUCGUGCAUCCAGCAUGCGCAAGUAAGCGUAUUAAAAGUGUUAGACAUGGCGCUAUGGGACGGGUUAUGCAUUGUGCUCGAGCGAGGACCCUUUGACGACCUCGUGAUGAUUGAGAUACCUGCUACAUGCGCACCAUCCAGCGUGGAUGGGUGAGUUUCGCAAUUGCAAGUAGCUGCAGAUUCAGGACGCCGCACAGUGCGGCUAGGAAUGAACAGCAAACAAAUUGUUCUCACCCAGUUGCUUCAUUCUCAAUUGAUUCUCU